AUGACUAUCUCAGCUAUAGGUAUUGAUGAUGUUCGGGCGUCUGUAGACCUAGCCCUCGAGGAACUGCAUGAUUCUCUGCGCAAGGUCAAUCACGAGAUCUGGUCGAACCCCGAACUAGCAUUCAACGAACAUCGCGCCCAUGAUACCAUCUGUGAUUUCCUCGAGAAGCAAGGAUUUGCAGUUACCCGUCAUGCAUAUGGCUUGGACACUUCUUUUGAAGCUCUGAGUGGCUCGGGUGGGCGAUUGAUCAACUUCAACGCAGAAUACGAUGCCCUUCCCGACAUCGGUCACGCCUGUGGUCACAAUCUCAUCGCGACUAGCAGUAUCGCUGCCUUCCUUGCCCUCUCCUUCGCGUUGAAAAAGUACGGCAUCCCCGGUCGGACACAAUUACUCGGAACUCCCGCUGAAGAAAAUGGCGGAGGCAAGGCCGAUCUGAUCGAGGCAGGAGCUUAUAAAGGCGUGGAUAUUUCCCUGAUGGCUCACUCCGGACCGAAAAAGGUGUUUUCGGAUCAAGGAGAUGCCGAGGGAAUUGCUGGAACCCUGAUGAAUGCACGCAAAAAGAUCACCUGCGGGUUUACGGGCAAGAGUGCUCACGCCGGAGGCAACCCAUGGGAUGGCAUCAACGCCCUCGAUGCUCUGGUAUCUGCAUACAACAAUGUGUCUGUAUUACGCCAGCAGAUUCUCCCCGAACAACGGAUUCACUGUGCCUUCACCGAUGUUCCCAAGGUAGCCAAUGUGAUCCCCGAACAUACCGAAGCGAUCUGGCAAGUUCGAAGUCCGUCACUCAAGGGACUGAACAGUUUGGUGUCUAAAGUGCGCAACUGCAUUCAAGCAGGAGCUUUAGCCACCGGAUGCGAAGUUCAGAUUAAGGAGGAGGAACUCUAUACCGAUUUGCGAUUGAACGAUACUCUAUGCGAAAGAUACCAGGCUCACAUGGGCCAGUACGGUCGCAAGGUGCUGAAACGACAUGAUAAGGUUCUGACUGCUUCUUCUGAUAUUGAGCGAUUUUGUGAAAUUGUAAUAGGCAACGUUAGCUAUGUGACCCCCACAUUGCAUACCAUGUUUGGAAUUCCGACACCGGAUAAUACAUUCCCUCAUCAUCCAUCCUUUACAGCGUCUGCAGGAACUGAUGAAGCGCAUGCGGAGGCUAUUGUGGUGGGCAAGUCAUUGGCGUUGAUCGGCUGGGAGAUGCUCAACAAUGAUGAAUUAUUUGCGACGGCACACCAGCAAUGGAGGGAGGAGAUCGAGAGGGAGUAA